AUGAUUAAUAACGAAAUCGGUAAAGAUAUUUCUAGUUCUUACAACGGAUUUGUCCUUCAGUUUGAUAUUUUUUGCGGAUUGAACGAACCCCUAGAACAAAUUAUUGAGUGUCAGCUGAAAGCUUACACCAAGACACAUAUUGCCCAUCGAUAA